GGAGUCAGCAGUGCGGUUGGAGGGGCGCAACACGGCGCCUGGGAUGUCAGCUUACAGACGUUUGCUGCAACGCGCUGUGCCGGCGGUGACGGGAGGUUGUGGCGUCCAUGAUGGUGUAAACCCUGAGUGAGGUGUGAGUAGUCGUCACACUCGCCACUCUCACUGUCAAGUCGGACAAAAGUUACUCGCCUUGCCUGGUGCCUGAUCAACCUGGCCGACUACGUUUUGUCUGUCAGCCGAGUGUGGUGACAUCACUCGGGGUACCUUGAGACGGCCAGAGUGGCCUCCCCUCCUGCAGUGACCCCUGUAACCAGGUGCAGCUGGGCGGCGCAGCAGCUGUGUGUGCACACAACAGUUUAGUAUUGACUGCCUUGGUCCUGCUGGCUGCUGCCUCCAGGCUCUGCUGCUGUGAUGGAGAUGGUCCUGCCGCUACAUCUGCUACUGCGGUAUAGCCCACACUGAGAUAGCCUGCGGCUAAAUGUGACUGAGAUAGCCUUGGUGUUAGUGAGAUAGCCUGCGGCUAAUGUGACUGAGAUAGCCUUGGUGUUAGUGAGAUAGCCUGCGGCUAAUGUGACUGAGAUAGCCUGCGGCUAAUGUGGGAUAGCCCUGCUUGUACCCCUGUGUAGACUAGACACUACAGUGGACACUGCGCUGCCGUUGAUGUAAAAACUUUGUCGUGCAGAUGGCGUUUGUGGUCUAGUGCAUCAACCAAUGACAAGACUUGUUACACCGACACACGGCAACAUGAAUAACAACACGUGGUACACAUCAGUCUCAGGACGGCAUGGAAACUUCAGUCAAGAUGACGGAUGGAGUCUCAAUGACUAGGAACUUCACAAAUCGCCGAGUGACGUAUGUUGUUAUAGAUGUAAACGGUGACUAGAGGUGAGGUCUGACGUCAUAGACUGUUGAGUGAAGGACUGCUGACAGCUGGUCACCAUCACUUCCGGCCGCUAUUCCAAAGUGACGUCUUGACGUCACCAUGGCGACGUGCUGGCCUGACGACAGCUACGCCACCGGGGUCAAGGCUGGUGACGUGACCCCUGACUCGGAUGUGUAUACAAUCACCGACGACUCGCUGCCCUCGCACAUGCGCAGUCUGUUGCCGUCACACGAGCGUCACGUGCAGGAUCUGUUGCUGCUGGAGCGACGUCGACGUCGUGUCCGCUGUGGGUUGUCGUGGCUGGCGACGCUGCUGCUGCUGACUGUGGUUGUUGUUGUCGCUGUGCUGCUUGGUUUACACGCACUUCCGGCUCACCAGGGCAGCGCCCCUCUUUCAAGGGAGUACGCCACUACGGCUCUUGAGGUUCUGCUCGCUGGUCCUCACAGGUCUGCCCUCACCACCGCCCUCACCACAGCCUACAGUGCCAAAGAUGGAGCCAAAGGGAGAACACCUUGUGUGACAGAGUGCUGGGCCUUCGCUGCCUUCCGCUUUCAGGCCACGUGUCAGAAUGGCUUUUGUCAGUGUCACAGUACACAGUACGACAGUGACACGUGUUUACCUCAUCAUGGCGGCUGUAACAUCAGCGCCCUGGGGCCAGAGGAGGGUGAGGCCAUGCUGCAGGGCGUGAAGCAGACGACAUACCAGUGUCGGCAGGAGUCCCUCGGGGAUCGGCCUGUCCACGUCAUCAGCAUCUUCGGCAACCAUUGGGCCCCCGCCACUCACGUGACUGUGAGGGAGAACUCGAGCGCCGCCUACACGUUGGUGCUAGUGAGCUAUCACUCAGUCAACUGGGCGCUGAACUUGCCCAUCAACUCCAGCUUGGACAAGGGUUAUGUGGUGUCCACGACCCACACGUCACAGUCCACCGUGUCUUUCUCUGACGUGGACAAGCACAUGACCAUGCAGCCUCUGCUGUCGGUGACGGGGUAUGGGCAGGACAAGUAUGGUGGACACACCCCCGAGCUCCUGCACUUCCUGCAGUUACGGGUGGGCGCCGUCACCUCCUUCUUGGGCGUUCCCCAUGCUGACCGCAUCGACGUCACGGUGUGACGCGCACACCACAGCUGGCAGCCUGAUCAUCAGUGAGCGGAGUGUCCACAGCAGCUGUGUGUGUGUGAGAUACAGCUGUGUGUGUGUGUGGGACACAAAUCUGUGUGUGCGAAUGUGAGAGUGAAUAAAUAAGUGUCAGUUAGUGAUGUGCUGACGUUGCUGAUGAGCAGAGAACUGUGGGACUUGGAAAAACUUUUUUGAGGAAGUUCGCAGUGGCACGCUUCUGCCGCAAUAGAACUAAUCGGCGUAUAGUGUGGGGUAUAGUGCAUAGUGGAAUGUAGACUAAUCAGUGUAGAGUGUGGUAUAUAGCACUGGAAUGUAGACUAAUCAGCGUAUAGUGUGAGGUAUAGUACAGAGUGGAAUGUAGACUAAUCAGCGUAUAGUGUGAGGUAUAGUGCAUAGUGGAAUGUAGACUAAUCAGCGUAUAGUGUGAGGUAUAGUGCAUAGUGGAAUGUAGACUAAUCAGCGUAUAGUGUGAGGUAUAGUACAGAGUGGAAUGUAGACUAAUCAGCGUAUAGUGUGCGGCAUAGUACAUAGUGGAAUGUAGACUAAUCAGCGUAUAGUGUGAGGUAUAGUGCAUAGUGGAAUGUAGACUAAUCAGCGUAUAGUGUGGGGUAUAGUACAGAGUGGAAUGUAGACUAAUCAGCGUAUAGUGUGGCAGAUGUCAAUAGUGUCAAUACAGAUUAUUGUAUAUCGUGUAUUGUAAGUGUUUAUCGUUACACAGACCUUGUAAAAUACAGACUACACAAUGAAUGUUGUCUACAGUGUGGAAUACAGAGUAUACAAUGCAAACUGUAACUUAGAAUACAUGAUAGAAUACACACCAUCCAGUACAAACACACCCUGUAGAAUACAGACUGCGGAGUACCACACAGAAUACAGUCUGUACAGUAUACUACUACGGUGUAUAGUAGAGAAUGCAGUAGAGUGUAGAAUAUAGAAUAUAGCAUGUAUAGUAUAGAAUACAGUCUGUACAGUAUACGGUGUAUAGUACAGAAUGCAAUAGAGUGUAGAAUAAGUAUUUCCAGUAUAGAAUAUAGUAUUUUUAGUAUAGAAUACAGUAUACGCUGUAUAGUAGAGAAUGCAGUAGAGUGUAGAAUAUUUCCAGUAUAGAAUAUAGCAUGUAUAGUAUAGAAUACAGUCUGUACAGUAUAGAAUAGAAUCUGUACGGUAGAGUAGAGAAUAUGAGACAGUUUUUAUUCUUGUGUCUGUUUAUUUGUAUUUUAAGGGUCUUGAGUCUGGCUGAUGUAGGAAAAAAGGCGCUCUACAAAUGUGUUGUUGUUGUUGUUGUUGUUGUCGUCGUUAUUAUUCUUCAGAAAACCUAGGAUGUCACCAACAGUGUCAUGUAGAAUGAAAACUGUGUAGUGUGUAGUAUACCAUAGAAGUCAAUGGAGAGUGACGUGUGUAGACACAGUGCAGUGCACACAGUGUAUAAUGAAAUACAAAGUGUACAAUGAAAUAUUUCACACACA